AUGUUUGCCGUCAGAAACGCUCUCCGUGUCGGCUCCAGGGUCUCCGUACCGGCGCUGGCGAGGAGAGGAUGCGCCGGGGCUGCCAUCCCUGUGGACGACGUGGUGAACGGGCUCACCGAGGAGCAGAUACAGCUUAGGCAAACAGUUCGCAAGUUCUGUGCAGAAAAACUUGCUCCUUAUGCCGAUGACAUCGACAAAAACAAUGAUUUUCCAGGAAUGCGUGAUUACUGGAAGGCAAUGGGGGAGAUGGGACUCCUUGGGAUCACUGCUCCAGUGGAACACGGGGGCACAGGAUUGGGCUACCUAGAUCAUGUCAUUGUGAUGGAGGAAAUGUCGCGGGUGUCAGCAGCCAUCGCCCUUAGUUACGGGGCCCACUCCAACCUCUGUGUCAAUCAGAUGGUGCGUCAUGCCACUGAAGAACAGAAGGAGAAGUACAUGCCUAAGCUGAUGACAGGAGAACACGUGGGAGCGCUGGCCAUGAGCGAACCCAACGCCGGCUCAGAUGUCGUCUCCAUGAAACUCAGAGCCGUGAAGAAAGGCGACUACUAUGUCCUGAACGGCAACAAGUUCUGGAUCACUAAUGGGCCAGAUGCCGACGUCCUGAUCGUUUACGCCAAGACAGAUCCCGAGGCCUAUCAGAGAGGCAUCACAGCUUUCAUUGUGGAAAAGGGAAUGCCAGGGUUCUCUACAGCACAGAAGCUGGACAAACUCGGCAUGAGGGGAUCCAACACCUGCGAACUGAUCUUUGAAGACUGCAAAAUCCCAGAGAAGAACAUCCUCGGUCCUCUGAACAAAGGUGUGUAUGUGAUGAUGAGCGGCCUUGACCUGGAGAGGCUGGUGCUUGCAUCAGGACCUAUCGGAAUCAUGCAGUCAGUUUUGGACUAUGCUGUUCCAUACCUGCACGUCCGAGAAGCUUUUGGACAAAAGAUUGGACACUUUCAGUUGAUGCAAGGCAAGAUGGCUGACAUGUACACCAGGCUCAGCUCCUGUCGGCAGUAUGUGUACAACGUGGCCCGGGCCUGUGACAGAGGACACUUCAGUGCCAUGGAUUGUGCUGGAGUGAUCCUGUAUUGUGCUGAGAACGCCACUCAGGUUGCUUUGGAUGGCAUUCAGUGUUUGGGUGGGAACGGCUACAUCAACGACUACCCCAUGGGCCGAUUCCUUCGGGACGCCAAGCUGUAUGAAAUUGGUGCUGGCACAAGUGAGGUGCGCAGGCUCAUCAUUGGCCGAGCCUUCAACUCGAUGUACAAGUAGGCGGAGCCGGGAACCAGAAAACACUACAAACUGAUGGACUGAUGGAUUGCUAUGGAGAAACACACUCAUACUCACACCAAGGGCCUUACAUGAGUUGUUGUUGCUGUUGUCAUGAUGUUACUGAGCUCUCACACGUUGUAGCAAUACUACCACCUGGGAUUAAAUUAUGGCAGUACUGUAUCGAUGUAUAUCUUCAUUCUGUGUAUAAUAUAUGAUCAAUAAUCUGUAGCAUCAACACAGAUGUUAUCCAAGGCCCUGCCCACUGAGAACAGAAAGGAAGGAGCAAUCAGGGAAGUGUUGUUCAGUCUGGUGUUUAACAACCUGCUUUUGAUCACCAUCCUACUGAUUGCAUCGUCUUUACUUUGAUCUUAGAUUUACAAUAUUGUUAAGUGUCCUUGGUGACAAAAUAUGCUGUCACUUUUUCAAAUGAACUGCAGUCUCAGUAAAAGUCACUUGAUAAACAGUGAAAUGCCAGCUGCUUUCUGAGCAGUAAAACAGCUGUUGAACCGUCACAGCAUCACCGAUUUUCCUCCUGUGUGAUGAAAUAAACUUGCUGUUUUGUACUGGAUGGUACAUUUUUCGCAGACCUUUGCUCUUUGCUGUAGAGGUUAUUUAGACUGUCUUGAACACUCCCACAGGAGCACCAAAACUGCUGCCAAAACAGUUUUGGCAUCAUAACCACAAUGGCAACCGCUCACUUUCACACUCAACCUGCCAGCUGGCGUUUCAAAGGUUGAGAAACAAGUGAAUUUUGAUUACGUUGGUUUUGUUUUAUAACAAAAAGGCAAAUGGUGCGAUGGAGACCAGAGCAGCUUUCACUGAGUUGAGUGAGUUGGGGUUCAGUGUUGUUCAAGGACACUUUGGCAGGACGCAUGGCUGUUGGGAUUGAAUCUGAGAACUUCCAUUAAUGGGUCUGUCUAACGGACCUUCAACUGUACACUAACCUGUCCUCAGUGUCCUCAGUGGUCUCGACAAUCCCUAAAUGGAAAAUUGGAAUUUUUUUCUCUCCUCCUUUGUGCUGCCCUUUGAAACAUUACCUGAUCCUGUCUAUGUUGGAAUCACAUUUUCAUCAAAAGUCUGCCGGUGAUCAUUUUAUUUUUUGUGAUAACGUCAGAAAAGUGAAUGACUGAAAAAAAAAAAAAAAGGCUCGUA